AUGAUUCAGGCAGCCCACGUCGGUGUCGGCAUCUCUGGAGUUGAGGAUUUUAAGCUACCGUAUUCUGGGUCGUUCAUUUUCACCAAGUAUUUUCUACCCCUGUGUGCGGUUGUCGCUCCUGCUAUUGGAAAAUAUUCUGACAUCGUUCACCGGCUGUGGACGAAUAGUGUCUUUUACUUUGUCCUCAUCUUUAUCCCGCUCUUCUGCCUCGUGCGGGAUUUUGUCGGGAAAGAGUUUGUUACAUUCCUGAGUCAAGAACGGUAUGUAGAAACUGGAUGUUCCCACAGAUUCCGUUACUCAGAGAUCUUGCAGGUCCAAAAGGCAAUCAAGAAAGUCCGUGCAACGCAGUGCAUGCGGCGGAACUGUAGAUUUGCUUUCAGCCAGACAGAAAUGCGGCAAAACAGGGUCAGGCCAAGAUCAUUCGGCGUACAAGAUAUCAAAAUCAAAUGCGCGGUUAUCUGGUUACUAGACUAG